GCUGCCAUUUUGAAGCGUUCAGUCAAUGUUUGGUGGCUGUCUAACGAUCCUUUGCAGUUUUGCCUCAACAGUCGACCGAUGCCUACUAAACUAUUUGUAGGGAACAUCUCAGAAUCAUGCAGUGAAGACGAUCUUAAGGAAGCCUUCGAAAAAUACGGUACCAUUGUGGAGCAUGCAAUAGUUCGAAAUUAUGCAUUUGUGCAUUUUGAGAAUAAAGAGGACGCCGAAAAUGCGAUAAAAGAGCUACAUGAAACGGAGCUGAAAGGCAAUGUUAUUAGAGUAUUAAUGUCAACCACUCCACAUAAGAAGGGCAGGGGAGGUGGAGAAGGAAGAAGUCCGUACCCAAGAGACAGAGCACCGGGGAAUUCUCGAGGUCCUCCUCGAGGUGGAGGCGGCGGUGGUUACUACCCUCCCGAAAGAAGCCGCUAUCAUCCAUACUACGAUCGCGAGUACUACAGACAAGCACCCUAUCCUUCGUCAUACAGUCGAAGUUCUUAUGGAUAUUACAGUACAUACGACAGUGAUUACAGGGACUAUCAGCGGUCUUAUCCGCCUUCAUCAUAUUAUUAUGGAGACAGUAGAUUUGGCGGGCCUGUUACUUACCCGGACACAUCGAAGAGGCAAUCGUGGGAUCGUUAGCAACGUAACUUGGUUACAGUGUCCUUUUCUUAAAAAAGGGAAAAAAAACCAAUGGAGGUCAGUUUGUCCUUGGGCAUAAAAAAAGUGCUGUUUUUUGGAUUGUAAGGUGCUUUUUUUUUACUUUUGUCUAUACACAAGAAUGCAUGCUGUAUACCAUAGGAAUCGUUCAGACAGGAUAAGUGGAAAAUCAUUAUUUGUAAUAAAUUAUACCUACAGAGAUGGUCAGCAGAGAUCCUGGUGACUCUGAUGGCCGUACUUCUUUUAGGCUGUUAUCUUUUCUGUGUAUACUUGUUCAACUGCCCACUAAUUAUGUUUAUACUUUUAUUUAGUUUUGUAAGUGAAGAUACAACCAUCCCAGAAUUAAUAAUUACACGUCUUUGCCUUCACCAUAUGGCAACCUUAAUCCUAAGCAUAUUGCAGGAUAGGGAAAGUCCUUGAUAUCCAAUGACAUACAGGCUGUUUGUUUUUGUAAUAUGCAAACUUGAGACAAAUAGCAAAGUUGAAUCUUUUCCACUUGUGCUCACUAGACUUUGUUUUGUUUGUUAACCCUUUAACUCCCAGAUCAAAUUUGUAAUUCUUCUUACUGUCAACCAUACAAUUCUUUCAAUGUUAGUACAGAGAAUUUAGUAUUUGAUCUGCAAAUAAUCCCCAAAUUGAUAUUUUUCUUUAUUCUCAUUUAUCUGGUUGAAAUUGUAUUGACAUUGUAAGGAGAAAUUCUGUCCUGGUCACUUACGGGAGUUAAAGGUUUAAUUGUGAACAUUCUGUGUUGUGUUUUAUCAACAUUAGGAUAAAUUCUUCUAUAUUGUUAGGCCAACCUCAUUAAAUAUUUUCACCUCCCAUUGCCUGGCUGAUCCAUCUGUUUUUAAGAAAGAAUCAAAAAGGAAAAGAAAAAAAAAAGAAUUCCAUUUGUAUUGACUAACUUGCCAAAUUUUCUAAAGUAGAUUCUCAAUUUAAUCAAGCCUUUAAAUCAGAAACUUUUGAGUUAGGAAAGCAAUUUGAAGGGGGCAGCACCCAUAUUUUUCUUUUCCAGGACCCACUGACCUACUUUCUUUAUGAGGAUGGGCUAAUUAUUCCCUGGCUUUCCUUAUUUUCCAUACAAUGUUGAUUGUGGUUGGCUGUCAGAGAUUUAACUGGAAGGAAAACUAUUAUUUGUGAAAACUUUUCUAGUUCUUUUAUCUCUUCAAGAUUCACACCAUGUAGUUGACAUAAUUUGAGAUUAGUUCUGUUCCAAUAGUUUGUGAAAUUGUAUAGUUCUUUCCUGUUGAAAUCUAAGUACUCAAGGUAUCCUGCAAAGGGGCUUUGUCCAAGUAGAUGCUAGGAACUGUUAAAACUUUUAACUUAUAUUACAAACAUUUCUCAGUUAAUCUCUAAAUAAAAUAGGAAAAAAUGUGGUGAAA